GGAAUGUUCCAUCUUAGAAAAGGUUUCAAUCGUAGUCAUCUGGACACUGUUUUCAGAAUCAAGACGGCUGGGAGCUGAAACGUCUUGAUUCUGAAAACAGUAUCCAGAUGACUAUUGUAAAACAUGUCAAUUGACAACACAUGUUUCUUUCCUCAGAGUUGAAAGAAUGCCACAUAGAGGUAGGAGGGUUGCCAUAUUUACAGUGGCACAAGAAACCCUCAUUGUGGAUAUGGUUCGUGAGAACAACCUCAUCAGACUCCGGGAGAUCAGAGACAAAGUCAUUGCCGAUAAUGUCAACUUUGAGAGCAUUGAUGAUGUCAGCUUGGCCACAAUAGACAGAGUUCUCCGGCGCCAAAAGAUGCGGAUGAAACAGGUCUAUAGGGUUCCCUUUGAGCGCAACUCUGCGCGACACAAAGACCUACAUUACGAGUAUUUGCAAAGGAUAUUACAGUUGGAUGCGAUGGCCAGACCUCAUGAGUACCUCUUCCUGGAUGAGGCUGGCUUCAACCUGCAGAAACGAAGGCAAAGAGGCCGUAACAUCAUUGGCCAAAGAGCCAUCACUGAGGUUCCUGGCCAACGGGGGGGUAAUAUUACUCUUUGUGCGGCCAUGGGUUUGGAGGGGCUUGUCCACCGGCAUGCUGUCCUUGGGUCUUACAACACCCAACGUCUCCUCACCUUCCUAGAGGAGCUAAAAGACAUCCUCCAGGGCCGCCAACAACACCAUCCUGGGCCUGCACAUCACAUUUAUGUGAUCAUUUGGGACAAUGUACGCUUCCACAAAACAAACCAAAUCAGAGAGUGGUUCACCACCAACAGGAACCACUUUUUAAACGUCUGUCUGCCACCCUACUCCCCUUUCCUGAACCCUAUAGAGGAGUUCUUCUCAUCGUGGAGAUGGAAGGUUUAUGACAGACAACCAUACACUAGAGAGAACCUCCUAAGGGCAAUGGAGCUGGCCUGUGUUGACAUCCCAGUGGAGGCCUUCCAAGGAUGGAUUUGCCAUUCCAGGGCGUUUUUCCCGCGGUGCCUGGCAAGAGACAAUAUAGCCUGCGAUGUGGAUGAGGUGAUGUGGCCCGAUGCAGCUCAGCGACAUGAUGCCGCACAGUGAUUGUGGUGUGUGUGUGGUGUGAAUAAAGUAAAUAAAAACUUCACACCCUGAUCAUGUUUUCAAGAGUACUGUUGUGUGCAAUAGAUUCUGUUUUUGCAUUGAGUUGUGUUACAGUAGUGUACAUGCAGAAUUUACUAUAGAUUUAUACUCUUCAUAUGAAACUCACAAAUCUAAAUGCCUAAUCCUCUGCAGAGAUCUAAGAACAUCCAUUACUGUAAAGUUUCUAAAAAUAUGCAUUGGCAGUUAUGAAACAAAGAACCUUCUCACAAAUUGAGCAUUGUGUUUUCAAUUGUUUUGCUGUAGUGUGUAAUGAUGUGUAUAGUGUUUACAUUUUUGAAAGCUUCGAGCUGCUCUUUUGGUGCAGCUCUUGAGUUUUGAAGUGAGAAGGUGUGGUUGUGUUUAUGUAGCUUUAGAAAAGGGUGUUGUGUUUAGACAUUGGGGAACAUGGAGGAAACGUUUGUGAUUUGUUUUAGCAUUUGAGAAAAACUGUAAACACCUAAAGAAAAUUAACACCUCUGAAAUAGCACAACAAAAUAGGAGAAUUAAAUGUGGACUCUUAAACAUCAGAUCUUUGUCAUCUAAAGCUGUACUCGUGAAUGAUUUAAUAUCAGAGUAUCAU